AUGGCGUCAAUCAUAUCUGGAUUCCUUGCCGAAAUAACCAUGCAGAGGCUAGAAUCAAUGGUCCUUCUAUCGAUUGACCCUAUGUUAUGGGUACGCUAUGUAUACGACACAUUUGUUGUCGUUAAAGAGGGCCAUUUUGAAGCGCUCCACAAGACAAUCACCUCAAUCAUUCCAGGCAUUCAGAUCCCGCUGGAGAAGGAUGUUAAACACAAACUCCCAUUUCUGGAUGUUCUCGUGCGGCCAAAUGCUGACGGAACAUUACAAACGUCCAUUUACCGCCAAGACACGUAUGCGGCAGUUAUUCCUAACUAUGCGAGCAACAACCCCUUCUCCCACAAAAUGAUUGCCAUCAACAGUCUGCUACGCCGAGCGAAGACACUGCUCUGA